AAAAAAACUUCAAUUCACUUUUAGUGCAAAUAGAACUGAAAAACCGAGUCAAACCCAAAAACCCAACCAAACCGACUGGUUUAGCUCGAUUACAUUGGAAAUGAAGCAGGACGGCUAACCUUUCAAAAUCCAUAUUUAUGUAUUCAACUUUAAACAAGAGUUUCUUUAGUAAAUGCAUAUGACAGAAGCUUAAAUGAAUAAAAUAAAGCUUAUCAGAAAGAACAACCAACUUCUUUGAAAGUUUCAGCAAACAACAUAAAAACAAAAGACAGGAAAAAUUUGCAGAAAAUGGUUAUAAGAACAAAGAAAUAAAAAAACUUAUUUUGUUUGCUUCAUUCACGUUGUAAGAUAAAACUGACUAUCUUUGAUUUUAUCAUUGUCUUUCUCCCAAUCUGCUGAAACAUUAUCUCCCUGUCAAACUCUCGCAAUGUCGUUUCCUCCAUCAUCGUCGUCGUCUGACAGAAAAGUUGUGAUUGCUAUUGUUGUCACAUUUGUAAUCACUCUGAUGAUUUCAGUAGUUUUGUUUUUCUAUUAUGACAAAUAUGGUAGACGCCGGUGGAGGAAUAGAAUUGAUACGAGCUUCGAAAGAGAAGCUGUGGUGACUUAUGAAGAAAUCGGAGAGUUUGGAGGGAGAGUGAAAGGACUGAUAGUUGAAGAAAAUGGACGAAAUGUUAUUUAUGUCAAGGAUUUAGAGAACAGAAAACUUAAAGCUAAGUUCUCCAAUGUCUUGUUGAAUCCUAGCUUCGAAGAAGAAGAGUCGACAAGAACACAAAUACAUAAAAUUCAGGAAACGAAAGCCGAAGUGACAGAAUCAGAUCAACAAUCUCUUGAAAUAGCUUUAUUCAUGCAAAACCCUGCUUCACCUUCCUCAACUUGCUCUACAAUAAAGAAUGUUUCAGCGCCACCACAACUGCCGCCCCCAGCAACAUCACCACCACCACCUCCGCCUCUGCCUCCGCCAGCAAUAAUAACAAAGAGAAAUUCUGUUCCACCACCGAAGGCUGGUGGUUUGGUUUCGUCACUGAGACCUCCGGCAGCACCAAGAUGGAACACAAACAACAAGAAUGGGGCAAUGCGUUCAACGGAGACAAGCUCGAAAGGGACUAGCGUUGGCAAUACAAAGCUAAAGCCAUUGCACUGGGACAAAGUUAUAGCUAAUGCUGAUCAUUCAAUGGUUUGGAAUGAGAUCAUUGAUGGAUCUCUCAGAUUUGAUGAUGACGAGAUAGAAGCACUGUUUGCAUACACAAUUCCAAACCACAAAACCUCUCGAGCAAAUGGAAUCUCAUCAAGUAUAAGCAGCCCAAACACUGCCUCUACUACUCAAACUUUCAUCCUCGAGUCCAGGAAGUCUCAGAAUACAGCAAUUGUACUAAAAUCAUUAGCAGUUUCUCGAAAAGAAAUCCUCGAUUCCCUGUUCGAGGGCCAUGGACUUACCACUGAUGUCAUUGAAAAACUCGCCAGAAUUGCGCCGACCCCAGAUGAAGAGGCCAAGAUCCUGCAAUUCAAAGGCAACCCAUGUAGACUUGCCGAUGCAGAGUCUUUCCUUUAUUACAUCCUGAAGGCUGUUCCCUCGGCAUUUUUCAGGAUCGAUGCAAUGCUUUUUAAAUCAAAUUACGAUGCAGAGAUUCUUCACCUCAAGGAAUCUUUGCAAACACUAGAAAUGGGAUGCAAGGAGCUUCGGAGACGGGGCCUCUUUUUAAAACUUCUUGAAGCCAUUCUUAAGUCUGGCAAUAGAAUGAAUGCCGGGACGUCUAGAGGUAAUGCACAAGGUUUCAAUCUUACAACUCUUAGGAAGAUCGCUGAUGUUAAAAGCAACGAUGGAAAAACUACUUUACUUCAUUUUGUGGUCGAACAAGUUGUUCGAUCAGAAGGUCGACGACGUGUAUUCAAUCAGAACCGAACUUUUGAAAGCGAUGAUUGUGAAAGACAUUCAGGUCAGAACACCCUAUCCGAAACAGACAGAGAGAAAGAACACAUAUUGCUAGGACUACAAGCAUUAAGACAAUUAAGCAUCGAAUUCUCCAAUGUCAAGAAAGCAGCCAAUGUAGAUUACGCCACCUUCAAUAACAUAUGCUCCUCUCUUUCAGCCCGUAUAGCCGAAAUUCAGCUGCUCAUUACACAGUGUGGAGAUGGCGAAAAAGGUGGUUUUGUCAGGGAAAUGAAAGGGUUUUUAGACGAGACUGAAAAUGAGAUUAAAGUUGUGGCAGAGGAGAAAACAAGAAUUCUGAAGCUAGUGAAGAAAACAACAGACUAUUACCAAGCAGGAGCUCCAAAACAGGACAGGACGAACCUACUUCAACUAUUUGGGAUUGUGAAAGAUUUUCUUGACAUGGUGAAUCAAGUGUGUAAUGAUAUAUCUCAAAAGAUGCAGAAAAAGAAUGUGGCAGCAAAUAUAGGAUCAACAUCACCACCACCAUUACUACCAAUGAGAUCUCAGCUGAAAAUCCAAGAUUUCCGUAUACAUUUGGUAUCAGAUUCAUCAAGCACUCCAUCUUCUAGUGAAUCAGAUGAUGAUUUCUGAGUAUAAAUAUAUACCAUUCCAAUGGCAACUAAAUUUACAAAAUUGAGUUUGAAGUUAACUUUAGAGUUACUUGCAUAUUAAAUCCCAACGUUUCACAUUUGUAGCGAUUUAACUCAUUUUCUAAAAGGUGGCAUUGCGCGUCCCCAUCUUUCAAUUUU